AUGGCCUGUCGGGGCUCUCGAGGCCCGCGGGUGUUUCUUCCCUUUCUUUACCCAUCGAUAUUUGGGCCUAAUGGAAGCCACAUCUCGCGCUUCAACCUGGCCGUCCAUGGCAGGCGACACGCAAGCACUGACCCCUCAGCACCAGCACAGGACGACAUUGAAUAUGCGACGACUCGUCUGAACCCCUCUCCCGACGACUACUCGAUGCCCAACUUUGCCGACAAGGCCAAACUGACUCUUCAUGCUGGACCCGGCGGACAUGGCUGUAUUUCAUUCUUGCGCGAGGCAUAUAUGGCGGACGGGCCUCCCAAUGGUGGUGAUGGAGGACACGGCGGGAGUAUCUACAUCCAAGCAGUGCACAGCGAAACAUCGCUACACAAGUUGGCGCGGAGAAAAUUUGCGCGCGCUGGGAGGGGCAAGAGUGGUCAGGGAAGCGCAAAAGGCGGUCAGCGUGGAGAGGACGUGAUUCUCAGCGUUCCAGUCGGCACCGUCGUUCGAGAGAUCUCCCGUGACGACCCAGAAGCUGUGGAGGAAUAUUUGACCAAGAAGCGCCGGAAAAGAAGGCGGGAGCCUGUUGCAGUGGAGAUGGAUGAGGAUGGAGAGCCGAUUGAAGACCCGGAUAGGAAGAAAUGGAUUCUGUAUCCCGGCAUGUCAUCUUCGGAACGCAAACGGGUUGAGCUACCUGAUCUGCCAAUUCGCGAUCGGCUUCUGAAACAACCAAAGGCACCUGUCUAUCUGGACCUCUCUCGACCGACACCUCGUCCCAUUCUCUUGGCAGCAGGAGGCCUUGGUGGACUUGGGAACCCACAUUUCGUGUCCAAGAACCUGCGCAAGCCCAUGUUUGCGACGCGGGGUGAGAAUGCCAUGACGAUGGAAAUCGAGAUGGAACUCAAGUUAUUGGCAGAUGUCGGCUUGGUAGGAUUGCCAAACGCCGGAAAGAGCACUCUCUUGCGCGCCGUCACCAACAGUCGCGCUCGCGUGGGGAACUGGGCUUUCACGACGCUUCAGCCAAACAUCGGCACAGUUGUCCUCGAUAACAACAAGGGUCGACCGGUGGUGAAAAGUUUCAAAGUAACUGCAGAAGACGUAUCGGACGACCCUUGGGCCGAACCUGCCGAACCGGAACUUCAACAGCGAACCAAGUUCACCAUCGCCGAUAUUCCCGGGUUAAUUGAGGGAGCUCACUUGGACAGGGGACUUGGAAUUGCUUUCCUGCGUCAUGUUGAGCGGGCUGGCGUGCUUGCGUUUGUCAUCGAUCUUGGAAAUGGCAACGCAGUCGAAGCACUCAAGGCCUUGUGGCUCGAGGUUGGCUUAUAUGCACAGAUGAGGGAGGAAGAGGAACAGCAACGGGAGCGCGAGGCCGCCAUUGACUGGAGCGCGUCGGCCGGAGAGACUAUGCAAAGCGACUUCUGGACAAGUUCUGGUGUCGCCAAGACAACCACUGCCGGCGCUGGUCUUCACAUCGCAGGCAAGCCAUGGUUUGUGGUGGCCACCAAAGGCGACCUGCCAGGUGCGCAGGAAAACUUUGCCGAACUGAGAGACUAUCUUGCCGCUGUCACUCGCGGCGAUGAGCCUCACCCCAGUGGUGUUGAGGGAGCGUGGAUCAAGGACUGCGCUGCCAUUCCCGUCAGCGCCAUCAACGGCCACGGUGUAGACAGGGUUAUCCAUUGGACAGUUGGUUUGCUCGAUGGGUGA